GAAGAAGUCGCCAAGGCGGAUAGAGCCUUGACUGGUACUGUCUUAUCAUCUCUAUACUUGCUCGACGAUCCGGUUGCCUCACAAAGCUUUCGUGGUGCCUUUUUCGUCUUUCCAGAUAUGAGUGUACGUUCUGAAGGUCUCUAUCGAAUCCAUUUCACAGUCUUUGGCAUCCGAGAUGAAAGUGCCUUCUACCUCGCUUCUUGUCGGUCCAGCAACUUUCAAGUCUACUCAGCAAAACGCUUUCCCGGCAUGUCCAACAGUACAGAUCUCUCUAGGGCAUUUGCAGAACAAGGACUCAAGAUUCGCAUUCGCAAGGAAGUACGU